AACCCGAUGCAGCAGAAACAGGUGCAGCAGAACCCGAUGCAGCAGAACCUGAUGGAGCAGAUCCAGAUACAACAAAUCCAAAUGCAGCAGAUCCAGAUGCAGCAGAACCAAAUGCAUCAGAUGCAGCAGAGCCAGAUGCGCCCGAUGCACCAGAUGCCACAGAGCCAGAUGCAGCAGAGUGACAGGCAACCACAGAAGCAGCCAGACCGAUUAACGAUUAUCCCUCAUCCCAUCAUUAAGCCGCCACCUCAGCCACUCCUGAGCCCGAUGAACUUUCUUCAGUCCCAGACGCCUUCCAGCAGCCAGGGUCCAGCAAACAGGCCAGUGUCCAAGGGGCUGCCAGCAUCGGCUAUGAUGUACGACUAUGCAGCGGCCUCACCAAAAGUCUUUCCACAUACCUGUUCUCUGUGUUUCAAAGAAUGCUCGCAGAUGAAGGAUUGGAUCUCCCACCAGAACACUAGUCUUCACCUUGAGAGCUGCAGAGUCCUGCGGACACAAUACCCUGAUUGGAACGGUGACAUCGCACUCAAACCCAGGGAUGCAGGGAAAGACGGCAAGUCCUCGUCCUCAGCCUCUCCGCAGACUUCCCAACAGCGUCACAAGAAAAAUAGUCACGGAAGCCACUCCCGCUCCCGCAGCCCUCGUCGGCACUACAGCUCGGAGGGUAGAGGAGAGAAACGCAGCCGAUCGCGAUCACCGCGCAGCUCCAGAUAUAUUCACAGUUCCCGGUCUCGUUCACGUUCUCCACGAUAUGACCGCCAUCGGUCGCGUUCAAGGAGCCAGGAGAGGAGGGGGAGAAGAGGUGAAAGGUCCCCGCCAAAGAGGAGUGACAUGAGAAGGUCCCCUCCGAGGAGGACAAACGUGAAAAAGUCCCUGCCAUUGAGAACUGACGUGAAAAGGUCCCCGCCAAGACGGAGUGAUGCGAGAAGGUCCCCACAAAAGAGGAGCCGAGAAAGACGAUCGUCCUCAGAGAGGUCCCCUCAACAGAGAAACAGCAGUACAGAGAGACUGGCUCAGAAAUUCCUGCAAAACACAGAUGUCCAGUCUCUGUCCAAACAGACUGACCUGGAGGCUGUGGUUAAAACUCUACUCGCUAAGAUAACCAAGAUGAAUUCUUCUUCCUCGUCGUCCACUCCGUCGACCAAAGGAGGAAACAAUUCGACGUCUACUCCCUCUGCUGGAAGAAAGGGCAACUCCUCUGCUGCCUCUUCAUCAUCGUCCUCCUCGGUAGCAAAGAAGAAGAUGACAUCAUCAACCAAGGCCAACCUGCAGAAGAGUGAUGCAAGUGUUUCCACAAAGACUCAGGUUUCAGGUACUUCUACAUCUUCACCCUCAACCCAGGUGAGGCUGGAAGGGGUUCUUAGUAGUGUCGCCCACAGUGAAAUGGUUACUGCGAUGGAGCAGUAUGGAAAAGUUGAAUCAGUCGUAAUGCAUCGGCAAAAACUGCAGGCGGUGGUGAGUUUUGAGAAAGAGGAAGACGCUGAGAAACUGAGGAGCUUAAAGAGAAUAAAAAUGAGAGGAUUCCCCGUCACUGUCAUCAAAGAGGGGGAUACUGAACCAAAGAAGAUUCCUCUGAAAAAACCGUCCGUUUCCAGUGUCUCCACAUCUCAAACCUCUAAAUCCACAAAACCCACGACCUCCAGAAAAGUUCCCUCUACAUCUCAGAAAACUUCACUCACUCGUCCAAAAAAGCCUUUAUCUUCAGCCUCUGGAAACAAAGGAACAACAACAGGCAAAUGUCAGAAAACAGCUGUUAAAGGCUCAUCCAGUGUCACUAAAGCAAAAGUCUUGGUUUCCAAACCAGGGACUGUCUCGUCUGCACCUAUCGUCAAAACGGCAACAUCUGAGAUGCAGCAAGAAAAGACAGUCGAGGUCAGUAAAUCAAAAAAAGAGACUGUUGCUGGACCAACUAAGGUCUCAGACAGUGUCCCUGAAGUAAAGGUCCCAGUAGAGACAGCCUCAGCUUCACAGGAACCUGAAACACCAGUGGACAAUAUGGCUGCAGCAGAAGAUCCAACAAAAGAAAAGGUUGAAGAAAAAGCUGAAAAACCCCAAACUGUGACAUCCGAAUCCACAUUAUCAGAAAAUUGUGCAGAGUCAAAAGAGUUAGAUUCAAAGGUUCAACCAUCUGUGGUGGUGCUGGAAGAGGCUGUCAAGGCUGAGAUGGGAAAUGUGAUUGAACUGAAGCACGAACCAGAACCUGUCAGAAUCGAUGCAGUGGCCAACGACGCUAAAGAAGCUGAACCGAUGGAGCUUGUGGAAACAGGAGUUGACGUGGCAGAGCCCAUGGAAGUAGAAAGUUGUGCUGAGGGCAAAGAAGAAAAACUGACAAAUGUGGAGGCUGUUUUAGAAAAAUCCAGUGAGAGUCAACUACCAGCCUGUAAAGAUGAGACCGGACCUCCUACUGUUCCACCUCCAAACACAGAAGCAGAUCCUAAACCUGCAGACACAAGUUCUCAGAAGCCUCAGCCCGACAUGAAAACAGAAACAGCUGCUGAAGCGUCAUCAUUGGUACCAGAACCAGAGUCUGCAGAACCAGAGUCCACAGAACUGUCUGCAGCUUCCGGUCUGGGGACCACGAUGGAGGCUUCACAACCCCCAAGCUCAACUGAAGAGGUGGAGAAAAGUACGAUGGGAAAAGAAGAUCCCGCGUCUGCCGUGAAGAACCAAAUGGAUCCAAAAUCAGCCGAGGAGGCAACUGUUGUCGACAAAGUUUCAGCUGAGCCGACAGCUGGAGCAGUGAUCAAACUACAACCGGCAGCACCGAGUGAACCCGCCACUGGUGAAGAUGUCGCAGCAGAACCAACUUCCACUGCUGCAGGUGACGUAGCUGUGGAGGAGGACGAUGAGGAAGUGGGAACUGAGAUCGUCCCGGACUCCACUGUUGGGCCGCAGACAAAUGAAGAUGUAGAGAAAGUCGUAGAGAAGGAGGAGGUGUCAACAACAACUAUGGAUGCUCCUGCUGAUGGAAACAGCGUCCCAGCUGAUUCCAACACCAGCGCGGUCGCCUCUAAAGAAACCAGCACUGAUCUUCCUCGGAUUACCCAGGACGUAUUCAGGGCCAUCAAAGCAGCGGUUCGCCGGCACAGACUUACCCAAGAGAUGCAGACGCAGAGCGAAGAGAACGAGAGCUCCAGCAACAGUAACAUUAGUUCUUUAAGCGUCAAGGAUGAAGCCACACACCAAGAAAAGAAUUUGCUGACUUUAGAUGAAGCAGGCGAGGAUGAGGAAGAGAAGGUGGAUGAAGCAGAGAAAACAACAUCUGCUAAACGCAAAUACGAUGACGACACAGAGGAGAAUGUGAACUUUGUGACAGUGGAUGAAGUGGGAGAGGUUGAGGAGGAAGAAGAAGAUAAAGCUCCUAGGACAAGAGGCCGAGCCAAGAAGAGAACCAGAAAGACGCCAGUGAGAAAAUCUACUAGAGGGAGGAAAGUUGGUGCAGAAGAUGAGAGAGAAAAACAGGAAUCAGGCUCUGAAGCUCCACCUCCAACUUCCCUUGAUGCCUCAGAGGUAGAAGGAGCGAACCUUCCGGAUAUCGCUGCUGUUUCUGCUGUGCAGGAGCUGCAGCCUGAGAGUCUGGGAGGAGGGGAGGAGGAAGACGGAGGGAGCAGUGCGGACGUUAAAGUUGUGAGUAAAAGGAAGAACGAGAUUGUCGGACCUGAGGCAAAGAGAUCUCGCUCUCAGUCUCCUUCUGUUCCUGCCGACUUCAAGCUGCCGCCAUUUAGAGCCAACCAGCCCCUGGGUCAGGAGUUUGUCGUCCCUAAAUCGGGAUACUUCUGUAACGUCUGCCGUGUUUUCUACCUGAACGAGAGCAGAGCCAAGGACGUUCACUGCAGCAGCCAGACGCACUACAACAACCUGCAGGCACACUACCAGAAGCUUCAACAGAAACUAUCAAGAAGUUCAACUCCCAACUCUCAAGGCUUCAUUUCUGAUUGAUCCAGAUCCGGAUCUUCUUACGUCCUGUUUUCACUUGUGUCCGUCUGUUUGUUUGUCAGAUACUCAACAGGUUUCUGUGAAACUUGGUGGAAAGAUGGAAAAUGGGCCAAGAAAGAACCACUUCAAUGGUCAAGUGGAUCCAGACAACAG